GCCGUAUAUGACGUCAACGCCUUAAACAAGUUCAAGCUAAGCUUUAAAUUACGCUUGAGGAGCUUGCUUUUGCACCCAACCUUUCAAGUUGGUGACCAACCAUUCAAGUGCUCAAGCGCUCAAGUUCAAGUUCAAGCUUCAAAUUCUGUGUUUUACUAUGACAAAUUUUUCCUCCACACUGCCCAUGUCGGAACUGUUUUCAACCAAUCGAUUGGCUCACGAAACAGGCCUCAGAGCCGCCCUGUGUUACUUAGACGCUCUAGGAGGUCACAGCGGAUUACAACCUGCAAUUGAGCAUCUACUCUCUCACCCUCGUGUUUUUGCAUACAUCGUCUCUGUUUGGGAUCGCUCUGCAGAAAUGGUGUCACAAAUAGUGGAUGACUUUCCCACAGACGCCCAAGAGUACCGAUCGUCCCUUGCAUGCAACAUGCUGGACAAUAUGUCCGUUUACGCUCUCGCCCUGCCAAUCGAGUCUUUGGCAAGGGAAGUCGCGAAGGAUAUCGGUCGCUACCGGGCCUUCGUUGAGGGCGCACACCCCGUGUUUUGUGCAUUGAGCGCUAUGAAAUUUGCUGAUGUACAGUCGCUUACGAGCGCCGAAUCUGACGAUAGAGUUGUCAACAUGCAAGCGUCUCAAGUCAUGCGCAAGCGUAAUUGCCAGAAUGCUCGUGUAACUAUCGAUGCAUCACUCUUCAUCAAACUUGGCAUGGCUGUGCCUUCCACGAGUGAGGCGGCCACAUCAUUGUCCUUCGGCAUACUUGCAGAACUGAAGAAAAUCCUCUCGUUUUACCUCUCGCUUCUGCGGAGGACGGAAUUAGUGGGCGACAUCAAAGCCUUGCUCUUCCCAAAUGUGGAAGAGUCUGCCAAAGAUGUUGCGCCUGAAGUUUCGUUCCCCGAAGACGCCGAGAGCCCAACAGAAGAAAGUGCGUAUCCAAUGGUACAGCCCAUGAAGGCUGCUCUCUUCUUCGACAAUGCGGACGGGUUCGGCGAGUGGCAAAUCCUCAUAUCCACUGAGGCAUAUAAACAUCUACGCGAACAUCGCCGAGCGGACCAAAAAAUAUUCAAGAUUAUCUACAAGAAGAUCAAACAUCUCUCGCAUGGUCAAUUCUCAACUGACAAUUACAAGAGACUCAAUGGGCCGGAUGCAGGCAUUCCUGUCUUCGAGGCCAAGAUGACCAAAGACUUGCGACUGGUGUACCAGAUCGAUUGCGUCCCUGACCAGGGUGGGGAGUCUGAGAGACAAGUCAUCAAAGUAUAUGGGAUAUACAGACACUCUGAGCUCGGCAGAAUCUGGAAUGCCUUGGGGAACCAUCUCGCACGCAGGGGUGCGGAAUAUCGCAGACGAUGCAUAUUUCGUACCAAAUCUACUAAUGAUGUUAUUCUGCCGGCCUCAUUCCCGCCGACGGAACCCCAGCCAGAAGUUCUGGCAAGCCCACUGGAUCUUGGUGCUAAGGAUAUGGAGCACCUUCACUCUUUGCUUGUGUAUGAAUGAAUAUUUUGCACUUUGAUGAAUGAUGAUUGACAAUUUUCUAGCCUGGAGAAAUAUGUCACAUUCUCGCAAGCAUUUUUGCAUAGUGAGUAACCUUGUCG